AUGGUGAAGGGUGACAAGUUCUCAAAGGCCCAAUGUCCACAAAAUGAUAAAGAGAAAGAUGAAAUAAAAAAUGUUCCUUAUGCGGCACUUGUAGGCAACCUGAUGUAUUCUCAAGUAUUCACAUGUCCAGAUAUUGUUUUUGUUGUUGGCGUGUUCGGUAGAUACUUGAGUGAUUAUGGAUUUAGUCACUCGAAAGUCGCUAACAAAUUCAUGAGGUACCUUCAGGGUACUAAGGAUGUUAUGUUGACUUACCAGCGAGCUGAUACUCUUGAUAUAGUUGGGUUUAGUGAUGCUGAUUAUGCAGGAUGUGUGGAUGAUAAAAUUUUCACUUUAGGCUACAUCUAUAUUAUGGUCAGAGGAUCUGUUUCAUGGAAAAGUAUCAAGAAGACACUCACAGCUUCUUCUACGAUGGAGGCAGAGCAUAUGGCGUGUUAG